AUGUCGCUGUGCGUAAGGACAUAUGAAGAGGCGAGAUCUAAACUGGAUCGUUUCCAGUACACAUCCGAUGCAGCCACCGAAAGUGGUGGAAAAGCACGCAAGAGGAAGCGGCCACAACGCUUCUUAGAUGAUUCCUCUGAAGAUGAUGACCCCAUUUCAGCUGCAGGCAAAAGAAGACGUGUGCACCCACUGCUUUCAGAUGUAGAUGAUGACGUUCUGCCUGUUGAAGAUUUACCCUCAAUCCCUGCAUCAUUCCCACAAGCUACAGCAACAGGCAAGGGAAGUCACUCACGCGUGUCAGGAACACUUCUAGCCCCAUCAGCAUCGCAACCCCAAGUUCAAGGCAUGCAUAUCCUUCACAUGGAUAUCCAGCAAAUGCAAAUGCAAUGCAGUGCUAAAUUCAUGCUUUGCUGUUCAUUUUCAGCACCCUAUGAGUCAUUUCUUAACAGUGCCAGACAGCAGCCAGGGGUCACUGAUGUCGUCUCCUCCGAACCACAUUCCUCGAGGUCAUCUUCCUGCAUCUUCUCUCCUCACACAGCACCCCAUGAGUCAUUUCUUAACAGUGCCAGACAGCAGCCAGGGGUCACUGAGGUCGUCUCCUCCGAACCACAUUCCUCGAGGUCAUCUUCCUCCAUCUUCUCUCCUCACACAGGACAGUCCCAAGCGGAGCACAGUGUUGAAGAAGAUCAACAGCCACGCCGAUUUCGGCAACCCUCCUCCAUACAGGAAUUCCAGAAGCAGGUCCUGCGACUUCUAUAUAUACUUAGGCACAGACAGCAGCAGCAUGGAGAUAUGUUGCAGGAGCUUUGCAGCCGCAACGCUUUCCCUGAACAAGUUCUGCUACCGCCAGCUCUUAUUAGAGCUCCAUUUGGAAGCGUGGCACAACUGGAGGAGUUCAAUUCCCAGAUGAAUGACACAAGGAAGGAACAGCUGGUGAGAGAACUUGCUGAACUUGGAGGGACAGAGUUUGGAGCAGCCACAAGAACAGCCCUCCAGUACAUCAUGACUGAUUUUGUAGCAUGCGAAUACAGCUGGAAGGGUCAGAAGGGGAAGAGGAAAUUUUGCAUUCUGUGCUUCCCUGCAAUCAUUCUUGCAUGCACCUUUUGCACUAAAAGCUUAGUCUCUCAAGCGCCAAAAGAAGUUUGCGGAAGUCACCAAACACGAGGUGGACACAACAAUAAUGUGCUGGCUUCGGCACGCGAAAGAACGCUGCACAAAGGUUUCAGCAACCAGCGAGAUGUGAUUGAAUGGAACUCUAUUGCCAGCCGCAUUUGCUGGUGUUUUUUCUUUCUUUUUUUUCUGUGUUUUCUGUAAAGCGAGUUCUGCUCGCGUAGCAAUGUAAGCUACCUCUUAAACCACUGAUAGAGUUCAUGUGGCAUUUUAAAUUUUUGGAGUAUUUUAAGCCUACUGCAUUUCACGUUCUGUUACAGAGUCACGUUUGUCGUGAAAGUACACUAUACA